AUGUUGCUGGCGAGCCGCCGCUGCCUGCUUCUCUGCGUCCUCGAGACUCUCCAACGCAGGUGGAGAAGGCAUCUCUUCUCUCAGUGUCGUCUACAUCCGCCGCCGCCGCCGCCGCCUGGCCAUGCGCUGCAACCGCCUGGCAGCCCUCGCUCGGCCACCACUACGUCUUCCGCGAUUGGAUGCUCGACACCCGGGCUGCAGCCGAUCCCUCGUCAUGCAUGCCAUCGUGCCCCGUCCGUGGCCGCCCUGAAUGAGACGUCUGCUCUGCAAGUGGCGGCGGCUCCAGCUUCGACUCCCGUGGCUGCCAUACCCGAGAUGCCCCUGGUCCGGAGGUCCUUCGGCAAUCUCUAA